AACUGCUAUGUCGUCAAACUCCCCAGUAGUCAUUGUCACCGGCUGCUCCAAGGGAGGCAUCGGGUUUGCCCUAUGCGAGGAGUUUGCGGCCAAGGGCUGCAAGGUCUACGCGACUGCGCGCCGCCUUGAGGCCAUGGAGGGCUUCACACGUGAGGGUAUCGAGCGACUGAAGCUGGAUGUCACGGACGACGCGAACGUCGAGGAUGUCAUCAGGACAGUGCUCGACCAGGAGGGAAGAAUAGAUGUACUUGUGAACAAUGCGGCUGCGCCAUGCAUUGCUCCUCUCGCCGAGAUGCCCCUCGACCGCGUCAAGAACAUAUUCGAUACGAACGUGUUCGCCGUCCUGCGCACGGUGAAGGCGGUCUUCCCUCAUAUGGCGUCUCGCAAACGCGGUGUCAUCGUGAAUGUCGGGUCCACCGCUGGCGACAUCCCGACACCAUGGAACGGCCUGUACUCGGCCACUAAAGCAAGCAUGCGUUCCGUAUCAGAAAGCCUUUACAUGGAGUGUGCACCAUUCGGGAUCCACGUCGUGCAUCUCAAUCCGGGCGGCAUCCGUUCAAACAUUGCGAACAACAUACGCUCUUCAUUCGACCUGCCAGAUGGCAGUCUAUAUAAGCCCUUCCUUGACCCCAUGAUCAAGCUAAUUGACAUGAGCCAGAAUGGCGCGAUGCCCUCGGAGGAGUUUGCGCGGCGCGUCGUCAAGGCCGCACUGCGUCAGAAGCCGCCGAGGUACAUGUCGAUGGGAGCAGCGUCAGGAAUUUUCGCGUUCUUCAUGUGGCUGCCACGGACGUUUGUUCUUUGGUUGCUCUGGAAGAUUCUCGUCGGAAAAGUCGAUGUCGAUUCUGCAUAGCAUACUCCGGUCUUUUAUCCGGUGCGGGACGAAUACCCUCACGCGAUGUUGUCAAUAAGUCUGUUCGCGCCGAUCAGCGCUGCGGUUUAAAUGCUAAAUGGACCCGACGUUGAGACCCGUG